AUGGGAGGAGUAUCGAAUCAUGUUUAUUUUACUGAUGGUAGAGAUCAUUUAGUUGAUGAAGUUGUUUAUAUUCAUACUAAACCAUGUACGUUUCAGCAACAUUUAGGCGCCGGUGGUUUUGGCGCUGUUUAUAUGGUUAAAAGAUCCGAUAGUGUUGAUGUAACAGUUAAAGUAAUUGAUAAAAGUGGAGUGCCUUAUAUGACUGAAGCUCUUGUCAUGUCAUAUUUAACUGAAGUUAGCCAUCUUGAAAAAUUACGAUAA